CCGGUAUUGUUGCUUCGGUACCUUUGGGCCAGUUGUAAUUACAUUUGGGGCCAGUGUAAUACCCUGCCAGACGACUUCGUUGCUGACUCCACCGACUCCUCCAGUAGACGACAACAGGUAAUGAAUCGACCCGUUCCUCAGGCCAACAGGCAAUUCUGCUCUGAACUGAAUCAUCUACCGGAAAAGCCAAUUUCAGAGCUCUUACCGACGACUUGUCAUCACCACGUAACACUCCGACGAUAUUUAGCGAGAAAAUCGUGCCAAAUGACGACAAAGAAGGAUGGUGUCGAAACAAGAAGUACAUCGAGAAAGUCGACAACGGUUUUAUGUGUACAGUAUGCCGAAAGAUCUAUGGACGAUACAAUUCGGUGUCUUAUCAUAUGCGACGAGUCCGGCUGUCAGUUCUCGACACGGGAAGCACGAUACAUCCACUUUCAUAAGUACUACAGACAUCAUAUACCGCUCCCAGACAGCAUUGAUCUGGGUAAGUCAAGUUUUCAGGAGCACUGGGUCAGCGAUGGGGCAAAUCGAGGAAAUCCC